AUGGGUUUUCGGCAGUGCCAAUCCGAUGCUUGCUUGUAUAUUCGGCAGGACGGUGGAGAUACGAUCAUCCUCGUUGUCUAUGUGGAUGAUUUGUUGGUCGGAUGUAAAGAUGCUGCCAAAAUUUCGGAUGUGCUCAUGACGUUGCGAAAGAGUUUUGAUAUCACGGAUCUCGGUAUGGUGAAAUAUUUUCUCGGACAAGAAGUUCGUCGCGAGGAUGGAUGUUACAGUUUGAGGUUGACAAGCUAUAUUGAAGAGUUGGUAGAGAAGUUCGGACUUGCAGAGUGCAAUCCAUGCAAGACACCCAUGGACCCUGGGUAUGUGCGCUAUGAGGGUAGUCAACCAUUAAGUGAUAUUACUCGUUAUCGAAGUUUGGUCGGUGCACUUUUGUACAUCUCCGUUAAUGCAAGACCGGAUAUAGCUGCUAGUGUAUUGUUCCUUGGGCGAAGAGUUAGCCAACCAACAAUCAAUGAUUGGAAAGCGGCCAAGCGAGUGUUACGGUACCUUAAGGGUACUAAGGAGUUGAAGCUGAAGUUUGGUCCUGGAGAAGGAUGGUCUUUGCGAGGAUACUCGGAUGCUGAUUGGGCAGGUGACCAUGAAAGCCGUAAGUCUACGACCGGAUUCAUUUUCUUCUAUGGAAUGGGACCGAUCACUUGGGUAAGCCGUCGGCAGUCGUGCGUUACACUGUCGUCCAUGGAAGCAGAAAAGGCGCAACAAAAGUUUUUGAAGAUAACCAAAGUUGCCUUAGUUUCGUACGAGCUGAACGUACCACCAAGAGAUCGAAACACAUCGACACAAGGCAACAUUUCAUCAGGAAUCUGA